AUGGGCCCCGAGUGUUCACGGGAAGUACAAGUUCAAAGUAAUCUUGACGUGUUUUCAUUCCGAAAUGUCGUUUUGGAGUGGAGCUUGUUCAAGAAAAUGAAAGAGUGUCAAGGUAAAAGUGUCGAUGAAAACAAUGUGGGUUGCAAGGCCUCGAAGCUGAAGGGUGGUAACGAUGAAACGGUAGGCAACGAUGCUACGCUUAGUAGCCAAGCUUCCAUCGAAGAGUAUGCCAGUAUGUAUAUUGCUCAAGUAAUCGAGUUUACUCGACGAUGCUUCGAUAUGGCUGCACGAUUGGCCGAAGAGGUUGUUAAGAAAUGCAAUUUGAAACGACAAGGUAAGCGUGACAACGCUGAUAAAGAUGUCGACAAGAAAUAA